UUACCGGAACCGUUACCAAAACCUGUCAUCAUCACAUUCCUCGUCCUGUACCUGCUUAUUAUAUUACUAGCUUUGCUGGGGAAUGUGCCGGUUAUUAUCAUAAUCGGCUGCCUUAAAAAGACCCGUUCAGUGACUGACGUGUUUAUCCUGUCUUUAGCGGUCAGUGAUCUGAUGAUAGCCAGCCUUAACAUGCCCUUUCAUCUCCACUUCAUCGUCAUGAACGAGUGGUUAACGGGUGGCAAGACUGGAGAGUUCCUGUGCAAGUUCACCACAUACAUCCAAGGGAUUACAAUAGUGUCUAGUAUUCUCACACUUCUCGUCAUCGCCAUUGACAGGUACAUUGUAAUAUGUAGCCACAAGAUUGCAGGAAAACUGCACACGAAGAAGGCAGCUUAUAUUUAUUUGGCUGUUGUGUGGGUUAUCUCCCUUUGUGCACUUUCUCCACAUUUGGUGUUCCAGUGUCUUGAUACAAGGGUAAAAGUACGCAAGUUUAAAUCCUUUCUGAUCCUGGACGGUUUUGGUUACUUAUGUGUGGAAUUCUACCCCAACGACUACGGAAGUAAGCUGUACACGGCCUUCACUUACGGGUUUCUAUACAUACUUCCGGUCGCUAUAAUGGCCUACACGUAUGGUAGAAUAGCACAUCGUCUCUGGAUACACCCACCUAUUGGAGAUAUUCUGGAAAACCCAUUGCAUCAUCAGAGAGUCGUUUUACCGAAAGAAAAAAUAAUAAAAGUAAUGAUUGUAGUUUUUCUAGCAUUUACCAUUUUAUGGUUACCCUUUUUCACCUUUUCUCUUUAUGCUGAAUUCGCAGAAACUAAAGAUGCCACAUUUAGAAUCAAGAUGGCGGUUCUUAAACUCAUAGGUUACAGCAACUGUUGUGUGAAUCCUAUUAUAUAUACUUUCCUAAACAAGAAUUUCCAGCGAGAGGUGCUGCAACUCUUUUGUAAGAACAGAGUGACAAAGAUCAGGGUUCAAACCACUGCGGGGUCAACCAACACGCGCACUGAGAUGAUCAGAAAAAGCAAGUUUUAG